GGUAGCAAGAAUUUCUUUUGCUAAAAAUGUCGAACAAUAAAAUCUCUUGUUUUCUGAUUUUCCCUCUUUCACUUUUUACCAUUUGUGCCACAUUUAAUAAAGACCUUGUAAUGUGUGGAGACUGCACUGAGGACAAUAUGGGCACUUGCGUAAUUGAUAGUGAGCCGGGGUACUUUGCUACGCCAAAGAUUUCGUCUCGAUCCAGAGAUCUGGAAACUUCAUAUCCGCCAUUAACCGCUAACUUGGACGUGUGCAUACCUAGCGAUAUGAAAAUUGAUGCAAAAGAUUUUACAUUCAAAUUUAUAUGUGUUUGGUCACGAGAACUUGGCUGUCAAAUUCUAACUCCUAAGACAGAUACGGACGUUGUCUGCGCGGUAUGCAGAAUCAGAGAUUAUGAUGGAAAUUUACGUAAUUGUCCGUGCAAGACAACUCCAAAGAAGGGAAAGAAAGACAAGGGCAAGAAUAAAUCGGGAUCAAAGCAACUCUACACCGGAUCUCCUCAUAUUAUGGUUGUUGCGGCGGCGUUGGUACUUGUAGGACUAAAGCAAUAA